GCUCGCUUCCCCCCCACGUCUUCCCCGCGCUCCCUCUAGGCGCCUGGCCGCAGCGCCCCCUGCCGGCAGGGAGGAAAUAUUGCGUCCAGGAGGGGCCGUGGCCACCGCCCUGGUCCCCGGCCCUUCCCCGGCACCCCGAGCGUCUGCUGUCUCUCGGCGCAAGCUGCUGGGCCCGUGGCCCCUAGCCUCUAGCCCACGUGUGUCUUCUUUGCCAUUUAUGUCGUCUCCAGUGCCCGUUCCUCACACCUCCCUACGCCAUGAUCGCUGGCUAGACAUCUCCCGUGGACUCUUGCCCAAACCAAAAUCUGGUCCUCCCGUUCUGGAGCCCGUCUUUCUCUGAAACUCUCCUCCCGCUUUAUAUAAGUAAGACUACGGAGCCAACGAAGAAUGGCAACAUAAGAAAUGGCUCCCCCUCCAAUGCCAUUCCAUGUUACCCACCCCCCACCCCGUCUUCCGAGGACCACGUGGGGAGAACUAUUUCCCACCUCCUACCUCGACGGGCGCUGUUCGAGGCUGUCUCUGGAGCAUGCGCAGUGACAUCUCACCCCCACCCCUCCCCACACCCCCACCGGGCUCCCGCAUUAAGCCCGGGGUUCGCAGCCGCAGCCGGGAUCGGGCACCCGGGGGCGGGCGGGCAUGGUAAGGCCAUGGCUGAGGGUGAGGACAUGCAGACCUUCACUUCCAUCAUGGACGCGCUGGUCCGCAUCAGUACAAGCAUGAAGAACAUGGAGAGAGAGCUGCUGUGUCCGGUGUGUCAAGAGAUGUACAAGCAGCCACUGGUGCUGCCCUGUACCCACAACGUGUGCCAGGCCUGUGCCCGGGAGGUGCUGGGCCAGCAGGGCUACAUAGGCCACGGUGGGGACCCCAGCUCCGAGCCCACCUCUCCUGCCUCCACCCCUUCCACCCGGAGUCCCCGCCUCGGGCGCAGAACUCUCCCCAAGCCGGACCGCUUGGAUCGGCUGCUUAAGUCAGGCUUUGGGACGUACCCCGGGCGGAAGCGAGGCGCCCUGCACCCCCAGGUGAUCAUGUUCCCGUGCCCAGCCUGCCAGGGCGAUGUGGAUCUGGGGGAGCGGGGCCUGGCAGGGCUGUUCCGGAACCUGACCCUCGAGCGUGUGGUAGAGCGGUACCGCCAGAGUGUGAGUGUGGGCGGCGCCAUCCUGUGCCAGCUGUGCAAGCCCCCGCCACUAGAGGCCACCAAGGGCUGCACCGAGUGCCGAGCCACCUUUUGCAACGAGUGCUUCAAGCUCUUCCACCCCUGGGGCACCCAGAAGGCCCAGCACGAGCCCACGCUGCCCACCCUCUCCUUCCGCCCCAAGGGCCUGAUGUGCCCAGACCACAAGGAAGAGGUGACCCACUACUGCAAGACGUGCCAGCGGCUGGUGUGCCAGCUCUGCCGGGUGAGGCGCACCCACGGUGGGCACAAGAUCACACCGGUGCUCAGCGCCUACCAGGCUCUCAAGGACAAGCUGACAAAGAGCCUGACAUACAUCCUGGGAAACCAGGACACGGUACAGACCCAGAUCUGUGAGCUGGAGGAGACCGUGAGGCACACUGAGGUGAGUGGCCAGCAGGCCAAGGAGGAGGUGUCCCAGCUGGUGCGGGGGCUGGGGGCUGUGCUGGAGGAGAAGCGGGCAUCGCUGCUCCAGGCCAUUGAGGAGUGCCAGCAGGAGCGCCUGGCCCGUCUCGGCGCCCAGAUCCAGGAGCACCGGAGCCUACUGGAUGGCUCAGGCCUGGUGGGCUAUGCCCAGGAGGUUCUUAAGGAAACAGACCAGCCCUGCUUUGUGCAAGCAGCCAAGCAGCUGCACAACAGGAUUGCCCGGGCCACGGAGGCCCUGCAGACCUUCCGGCCGGCCGCCAGCUCCUCCUUCCGACACUGUCAGCUGGACGUGGGGCGUGAGAUGAAGCUGCUGACAGAGCUUAACUUCCUGCGAGUGCCCGAGGCUCCCGUCAUCGACACCCAGCGCACCUUCGCCUACGACCAGAUAUUCCUGUGCUGGCGACUGCCCCCCCACUCGCCACCCGCCUGGCACUACACCAUCGAGUUCCGGCGCACCGAUGUGCCCGCCCAGCCGGGCCCCACCCGCUGGCAGCGGCGGGAGGAGGUGAGGGGCACCAGCGCCCUGCUCGAGAACCCCGACACGGGCUCCGUGUACGUGCUGCGCGUGCGGGGCUGCAACAAGGCCGGCUAUGGCGAGUACAGCGAGGACGUGCACCUGCACACGCCCCCCGCACCCGUCCUCCACUUCUUCCUGGACGGCCGCUGGGGCACGAGCCGAGAGCGCCUGGCCAUCAGCAAGGACCAGCGAGCGGUGCGGAGUGUCCCGGGGCUGCCCCUGCUGCUGGCCGCUGAGCGGCUGCUCACCGGCUGCCACCUGAGCGUGGACGUGGUCCUGGGAGACGUGGCCGUGACCCAGGGCCGCAGCUACUGGGCCUGUGCCGUGGACCCAGCCUCCUACCUGGUCAAGGUGGGCGUCGGGCUGGAGAGCAAGCUUCAGGAGAGCUUCCAGGGAGCCCCCGACGUGGUCAGCCCCAGGUACGACCCGGACAGCGGACACGACAGCGGUGCCGAGGACGCCACCGUGGAGGCUUCGCCACCUUUCGCCUUCCUGACCAUCGGCAUGGGCAAGAUCCUGCUGGGGUCGGGGGCCAGCUCCAACGCGGGGCUGACGGGGCGGGACGGCCCCGCGGCCAGCUGCACCGUGCCCCUGCCGCCCCGCCUGGGCAUCUGCCUGGACUACGAGCGGGGCCGAGUUUCUUUCCUGGACGCCGUGUCCUUCCGCGGGCUCCUGGAGUGCCCCCUGGACUGCUCGGGGCCCGUGUGCCCUGCCUUCUGCUUCAUCGGGGGCGGUGCCGUCCAACUGCAGGAGCCCGUGGGCACCAAGCCUGAGAGGAAGGUCACCAUCGGGGGCUUUGCCAAGCUGGACUGACCCGGGCCCUGCCCCCCCCAGGCCUGCUGGAGCCGGCUUAUGCCUCCGGCAGCUUCCCCCUCACGCUCCUCCUGCCGUGCCCUCUGGCCCCUUACCCGAUGUCUGUGUAUUCCUGGGGCCUUCCCUCCACCAGGGGACUCUCCUCUGCUCACCUUUCUAGAUAUCCCUCAUUCCCUCCAGCCCCCGCCGAGUCUCUGCCCCACACCCUGCCCUUGGCAUCUUACCCGAGUCACGGAGGGGCCCCCUUCCCCAUCCCUGUCCCGUGCCUCUCCCCCGGCUGCCGGGGAGGGAAGGCAUCUGGAACUCUGGGCAUGAUCCCCAGUCUGCCCUCUGCACUCUGCCCUGCCCAGCUCCCUGCCCCGUCAGUCCUCAACUACAGCCUUGGGGCGGGCAGGCUUUUUUGGCCGGACACUGCCCAGGCGCUCCCUGGUGAGGGGAAGGGGGCCCCGUCAUCCUGCUUUAGUCGUUGGGGUCCCCACGCCCCUCGGCCGCAUGCCUGUAUCCCCUGUCUCCCUCUUGCAUGCUUUACCCCGUCCCACACCCACGCCAACGUGCCAAGUCUCCCGUGGGGCCCCAGCUGAGGUUGGGUGUCCCCCGUGGGUUGGGCUAGGCAAGGCCUCUGGGGUCCGCUGCUGCCCCCUGCAGUGGGCACUGCCCGGCCCGUGCCGAACAACAGCUGUUAUUUUCAUGGUUUAUAAACAAUAAACUGUGAUGCCGGCACA